CCAUCACUAACCUGAAGCCCACAGGCCAACCGUUCAACCCCCAUCGUCCGUCCAUCAGAGCCCGUCGUGUCUCUUCGUCAGUUCGCGUCUCCCCCAAAUUUCUCCAAACUCGCUCGCCGAUGGACCGGUUCCGGCCGCUCAGGCGGAUCCAGGUGGAGCCCGAGCCAGCGGAGCCACCGGCGCCGGCUGCGGGAGCUGGCGGUGACGCGGAGGGGGAUGAGUCGCCGGCGCCCGCGGCGGGGCUGCUCAUGGGGGCCAAGGUGAGGCGCCGCGCGGCGGUGUACCGCGACUGCAAGGGCGACUACAUCGGCGUCCCGAACGAUCCCUGCCUCACCAAGAUCCUCUCCAAGCAAGGGGACAAUAAAGUUCUGUUUGCAGACAAGGUAUUGAAGUUCACUCAAUCAGGAAAAAUGAAAAGACGCAUCCUGGUGAUCACGGAUUUUGCUCUAUACCUUGUUGAUCCUGAUGCCGAUAUAUUAAAGAGGAGGAUAGCACUUGCAGCCGUGGAUAAGCUAUGCAUUAGCAAUCUCAGUGAUAACUUCUUUGCGAUCAUUGUGCCGACUGAGUACGAUUGUUUAAUGGCCAGCACUAGAAAGAAGGAAAUUGUUGAUGUCAUAGUUAAGGCUAUCAAGAGCACAUCUGAGUAUGAACCUGAGGUGGCUUCUGCUAACAGGUUUGAGUAUCAUGCAGCUGCUGAAGUGAUUAAGGUGGUCGAAUUUGAGGAUGCUGACGGAGGCAUUAAAACCAGGAUUACGAACAAGGAGAAGUCAUGAUUCAGAAAACCAGAACUCAUGGAUUGUUGUUCCCUGUAAACUGUAUAGGUUUUCAGUUUCAAGCAGCUGUUAUCUUCACAUGUGUAGCAUAUACCAUGAAGAGACAAUUCUUUUGUUGUGGUUUGGUUUUUUACUAGAAAACUGCGUGCCAGCGAUCCAUUCUGUUAAACCCCUGGAGUGGGUUUGUGGAUGUCCUUGUAAACUGGACAAGAUCAGGCAAGUAGCGCUACUGCAAAACCCCUGGAGCCAAUGGACUGCAGGCAAAUCCUAGUGAACUGAGGUAUUACACAAGCCUUGGCUCAGCCUUAGGUUUCAGGCACUGACACGCUUCAAAAAGCAAAUACUAUCAGCAAAGGGCAAGUGUGCAUUUUAGCGAUGGCUGUACCAAUGUAACCUUUUUGACCAGAUCAGGGGAGAAGUUCAUUCUGAACAUUACUUCUGUUUUAUCAUAUUUUAUGUUAUUGUACAUGCUAUCAACAAAUCAAGUAGUCUGCAACGUGCAUUUUCUCUAUCAGAUACUUAUUUGUAUGCCCUGUCAAACUGCCGUUGUAAUGGCACGACUGACCUUUCCUUUGGAUCAACAAUUGAACCGAUUCA